CCUCGGAAGCAAAAAAGUCAAGUAACUGAACGCACCCUCAAAAAAUUACGUUUUCCUCUCAAGAUGGCGGCCGCCCUACAGCGCAUUGUUGCAUCGCUACCAGGUGCAAGGCCCACACUCGGGGGUCCCCAGUGGCAGGCGGUGCGUGGGGCCACCAAGGGCAACCGGGCCUGCCGCCAGGACGGUCCCCAGAGGGGCCACAGAUACGGCUGGCGCAAGUGGAGUGGCCAGAGGGUCCACGAGGGGGAGCUGCUGGUCAAGCAGCGCACCCUCCGCUUCCAUCCGGGCCUCAACGUGGUGUUUGGGUACCGGCACUCCCUGCUGGCGGCGGUGGAGGGGCGGGUGGCGGUGACCUUCGAGAAGGUGAACCCAUGCUGGGACAACCCCCGCGUCCAGAGCUUCUAUGAGGGGAGGGACGUGUCCAGCCUGCACAAGAAGUACUACCACGUCAUCCCGGAUCCCCAGGAGAACAAGUUCAGGCUCGUCUCGCUCGUCUGAAGUCUCACCGUCGCCAUCAGGAGGCAGCGUCGUCUGCCUCUUUUUGCCCUCCAGGUGCAAAAGGAUGCGGUCGACACUGCGGCAGCAAGCGUUCGAGUUGCACUCCCGUGCUUGUGAGAAUGAACACACAUAGUCACAGACAGAGAAAUAAUGUGGUUCAGGCAUUACUGUUCCUGCAUUUGGCUUUCUUCGCUUCGUCGUCCAGUCGAAAGACGCAGCGUCAUCUGCUUUGUUUUCACCCCGAUGUCCUGCAGAUAGUGGAGUGCCGCAGUCGAUGUAAGACUCUCGAACACGUGUUAGCAAGAAUAAAAACAGUCGCAGACGUA